AUGUGGUCUGCGACCUUACUACUAAUCUUCGCGAUGCAAGUCGCCGCGCGUGGCAGCGACGUUUGGUUGGGCGCGCUACCCAACUGCUGGCAGAGAUGCUUCGCCAACACCGAAGAUGGCUGCUCCUCCAGCUCAUGUAAGGCGCGCUUGAGUCGCAUGAAAGGACGCGCUGACAAUACCACAGGUGUUUGCAGUACAGCCGAGAGUAGUGAAUCAUACCUGUCAAAGGCAGUGUCUUGCGCUGUGCAGAAAUGCGACGCUGAAGAAUUCGCCCUUGAGCUAGCCCUCGGGCCUCUUCAGCUUUUAUGCUUCGGCCUGGGAUGUCCUAUAUCCAAGGACGUUAUGGACGAGGCAUACGCCGCAGCUUCCGACACCGAACCCUCCGCGCCGAACCCUACAAAUAACGACAACGGACAGCAAUGGCAAUACUCUGCAGGUUGUGGUACCGAUAGCGGUCGGCCCAUCAGGCAUUGUCACUGGUUCGUUCUCAACUUCAACGAUGAGCGGGCAAGCAACAACAACAAGCGCGACCACAUCUCUGAGUCCAUCGGCAGAACCUUCUCUGCCCGAGCUCAGCCUAUUUUCACCGUUGACACCGACCGCAGCCCCUCAACGGACGGGUACGGGAAGCUCGAGUGGGGGCAACGGUAG